AUGACUGGAGUCUUUGAGAGCCUUGUUUCAGAUAUGCAUUCAAACCAGAUUACCUCCAGCAGUUACCAGCAGCAGCAGCAGCAGCACCACAGCUUGCAUAAACCCCAGGAAUCUCCCACUCUGCCUGUGUCGACCGCCACGGACAGCAGCUACUAUACCAAUCAGCAACAGCACAGCGGAGGAGCUGGAGGAGGCACAGGCAGCAACGGAAGCAGUGGGUCGCCCUACGCCCAGAUGGGCUCUUACCAGUACCACCCGAAUGGCAUCGGCGCAGUGCCCUACUCCACCAAAGCCGGGAGUUACGAACUGGGAUACCCCACCUCCUACAGCUCCUAUGCAACCUAUGGGACAAGGACGCCCCCAAUCAACAAUGAACCCGAAAAAGAAGAGGUCGAGCCGGAGAUCCGAAUAGUUAAUGGGAAGCCAAAGAAAGUGCGAAAGCCGAGAACCAUCUAUUCCAGUUUUCAGUUGGCAGCCUUACAGAGACGCUUCCAAAAGACCCAGUAUCUGGCACUGCCCGAGAGAGCUGAGUUGGCAGCUUCACUAGGCCUCACCCAAACUCAGGUGAAGAUCUGGUUCCAGAACCGCAGAUCCAAAUUCAAGAAGAUGUGGAAAAGCGGUGAAAUCCCAGGGGAUCAACAACGCAUCGGCAGCCCCUCUCCUCCUUGCGCCUCGCCACCUGCUUCAGCCACCCUCACCUGGGACUUUGCUCCCCACCCGCAGCGAAUGAGUAACGGCGGCGGCAGCGGGAGCAGCGCCGGUUCGAGCCCCGGCACUCCUAGCGGAGCCGCUGCUUUCCUGGGUAACUACUCGUGGUAUCACCAGGCAUCCAGCGCCGCAGCUUCUCACCUGCCAGGAGCCUCCCCGAUCCUGCAGCAAGGGCAGUCUCACCAGCAUCAUCCCCAUCUUCAUCACGCCCAUCAUCAUGGCGCGGCUGUCAGCUCAGGGACUAUUUUCUAACCCCAGUCUGGGCACCCAAUCUACUCUCCAAGGGAUCAUUCAGGGUGGAGAAAGGAGGCGUUUUUUCCUCUUUCUGGUGGGCAGAGGUGUAUUUUUCCCCCACUCCCCCGGUGCUUUGGGAAACGGUUCACAAUUCCUUCCCUACCCGAAAACAUCUCAGCCGCGGCGCCCCCGCCCGACUUGGUGGUGCCAAACGGGACAAGCGCCUUGAGACUUCAGCCAAUAAUCCCUGAAGUUUCCGACUCAAUCAGAAUCUAGUUUUUCCCCCCCCUCCGCCUCCCAAACCUCGGCUCAGAAUGUGGCUCACCCAAUCGGUGACUCCGAAGUCGCUGACAACAUUCUUGUUGACAAGCGUGAAAUCCGGGCAAAGCUGUGGUCACACCCUUAGUAAAAAAAAAACAACAACCACCUCUCAAUGGUUGUUUUUCUCCUUCAGGGUUUUCUGACCACCCGCCCCAAUCGCCUCGUCCCUAAUCUUUUUUAUACCAGGGUUUUUUCCCCCACCAGCUUUUUACCUUCUAGUAUCCCGCCUAGUCUGCAGCAAAUAAAGACUUUAAAAACUGUGCACGCGGCGAGCACAGAAUCCACUUUUCUCCCAUUUUUCAUCGAAUCGCUAGUGCAAAAUUUCUUAUUUAAUUUUGUUUAUUUUUUUUAUACGUUUUAUAGGUGCCUUUGCAGAUGACCUCAUUUUGAUGUUGGGGGGGAAAAAGAUAAAUAAUUUUUAUAUGUAGAUAUUUAAAAUGACAAAAAAAGAAAAGAAACCCAACUGUGUUUAAAUUAUCUUUUUUUAAAUGUUUGCAGGACUUUUUCUUCGCAAGAAAAAGAUAUAAAUAUAUACAUACAUACAUAUAUAUAUAUGUUUGUAAUAGAGUUGUUUGUGGCUAAUUCUCCCCAACCUCUUUGUCUUAAAAAGAAGAGGGGAAGUUUUAUUGGACAGGCUACAUUUGUUCAUGUUUGUGAACCAAUUUUUUUUUUUUAUGACAUCGUUUUCCCUCUUUUUCUCUCCGGGCAGCUUCCAUACGUUCUUUUUGUGUAUUCUGUUUUAUUCCUUUCAUCUUCACUACCACAAAGUACAAGCUAAUGAAUUUUCCCAGUUCAUAGUUGAAAAACCUUUAAAACGGGUUUUUUUUAAUGUAUGUUCUUGGUUAUUUAUUGCAAAAACCAAACAAAAAAAUCGCUCAAUGUUACUUUUACAAUAUGAAGAGAUUAUUUAAAUAAAUUAUUGUUUGCACCGUACUUGGCUCGGCCAGUCGUUUUUCUGUCUUCUGACUCUUUCCAACAUUCGGCCCGACUCUCUGCGCUGAGUGAGAAGCCCCUCUAGCCCGCUUGAAGUUUGGAGGCGCCUGUUUUCUUCCCUUCUCGUUCCCAGAACGAAAUCUAGUUCUUCCUGCUACUCGCCAAUUAGCUCCUUCCGUGGAACUAAUCGUCCCUUCAGGCAGAAAGACGCACUUUGUCUAUUCUCUCCAUUCUGACUCCGAAGGGCUGAUUCUGGGCGGCCCUCUGGCUUCUCCAAGGCUGCACUUGUUGAACGGCGGCGUCGGGCAUUCUUGAAGGGUAUUUUAAGAGCCGCGAGGGCACAGAUUCACAGGGCACAGCAUUGUCCCGUCCACAUACACACACAUACACAAAGAGACACACACACACACGGCCGCCCCGAGGCAGGAGGACCGCGACAGACUUCUCUCGGCAGCUCAGCCUGAAUCACUCAACGAGCCUUCUCGCUCGCCUAGACUCGGCCCCACCCCACUGCGAUCUGGCGCCACUAGACGUGGAGGCAAGCCGGACAAGACUCCUGGCGGCUUCCCGCGCUGCAAUCCCGGCAGCGUGACGGCGGCUCCUGAAGCUGCAGGCGACCCGGUCUCCCUCGUGAUCAGCAGGCCCCAGCAGCGGAGGGAAGGGAGUCCCCGCAUACCUUCGGCUUGGCCUGUUUGGGCGCUUGGCAGUCAACCUCGAGGCGGCUGCUGGCUUUGCAGGAGGUUUUCUUGAUGAACGAAACGGGACGCCUCCCCUUACCCGAGGCACACCCAAGAGACAGAGUGCAGGUCUGGGAAACGGCAUUUCAACUCCACGGUUGCCCGGUUUUGGCUUCCUAGCCGGUUAUUUAUAUUUUCCUCCCAAGUCACAGGC